AUGAACUUUCCAACAAUCUCUCUCGGACUAUCCCAUCUCAAAGACCAGUACAUAACGAGCAGCAACACCAGCUCCUAUAAGCAGCCCCUGGUCAUGGCUGCUGUGAACGGAAGUGUCCCAAUUUCCUUUUACACCUGGAUCGCACAAGAGGCUGUCUUUCACGCAACGAGCGCUUUGUUUGAGUGGCUUGACAAGACAGGGACGGUAAAGCGCUUCAAGAUUCGCGCGGUGGACCGGAAACCAUACGCACAUUACCUGCGCCGAGUUCUGCUCAACCAGUGCCUCAUUCUUCUGCCUAGCAUGCUCGCCGCCGAGUACUUCGGCUUGUGCUUCACGGGUCCGACGAUCGAGGCCCAUCAAUGGGGACGAGUACUGGUGUCUCUAGCAGGCAUGGCUGUUGGUCAUGAUAUUGUCCAGUACAUAACGCAUAGGUUUCUGCUGCACCAGCCGAACGUGUUCCUCAUGCGGGCUCUGAGACACUCUGUCCAUCACUCCACCGGGGCUACCAAGGCAAUCAGCGCGUGCUACAUGUCGGCGCCAGACUUCUUCCUUGAGAUUGUUCUACCGUACCUGGUUCCGCUUGCUUUGGUUGGAGGUGGCGGGUCCGGCAUCACGUUUCAUUCGUUGGUCGCCGGCCUCGGGGCCAUCGGCGGCUUAUAUGAGCAUUCAGGAUACGACUUGUCCGUUAAUUUGAGGACCGGUGGAAAGGCUAACCGCGAUGGCUCCGCGCAGGUCUUGCUCUCUACAAUCGCGAGCAAGUUCCUGGACAAUCGGUCCCACGCUCAACAUCACGUGCGAGGCAAUGUCUCGUUCUCGGAUGGGUUUGGAAGCCCUGGCAUAAGUGACACUAUAUUCGGAACUCGUUGGGAUCUGGCAGCCAAACGUCGGGUUGAGCAUGCUGAAAAGGAGUGGCAACGACAGCGUGCUGAGUUGUCCUAG